AUGACGAACCAGCAGGAGGCCCUGCCCUUCAGUCAAAGUUCGUGGCUCCAAAAAACGCUGAACCAGAAGAAGGCCCCGCUCCUCAUUCAAAGCCUCAGUCUCAGCUCGUGGCUACAAAAAGUAAUGAUGAACCAGCAGGAGGCCCUGCCCUUCAGUCAAAGGAUGAAUCUGAUAUCAGUGAAGAGGAGGUAUCGGAUAAUAUUGGUGAUCCAGACUAUGUUCCUCCCUCUCAAUCUGAUACCGAAGAUGAAGCGUCAAAUAGUGCAAACUCUAAAUCAGUGGUUGCGGAAGCAUUUUGGCUGUAUCAUCCCGUGGACUUGGGUGACACCAACAGCGACCUUACCAAAGGAGAAGAUGACACAACCACUCUAG